UCGUAAAAAACAGGAAAAUAUUAAAACAAAUAAUAAUAAUGAGAGAGAGAGAGAGAGAGAGAGAUUCUUCGCCGGAGUAAUCUCGUGCGUGAUCUUUGUUACGGCUCUGCUGAUUGAUAAAAGCUUUGUUGUUGAAUUCGUCUCUUCUCUUCUCUUCUCUUCUCCUCGUUUGAGGUUUUUGUUGGGGGGUUCAAAGGCGAAGAAGAUGGUGAACGCUAUGGUGGAGAGAGCGACGAGCGAGAUGCUGAUCGGACCUGAUUGGGCUAUGAACCUCGAGAUCUGUGACAUGCUCAAUAGUGAUCCUGCGCAAGCGAAAGAUGUUGUGAAAGGCGUCAAGAAACGGAUUGGUAGCAGGAAUCCUAAAACUCAACUUCUUGCUUUGACUCUUCUUGAGACGAUAGUGAAGAACUGUGGUGACAUGGUUCAUAUGCAUGUGGCUGAAAAGGGUGUUAUUCAUGAGAUGGUCCGGAUUGUUAAGAAAAAGCCGGACUUCCAUGUCAAAGAGAAAAUCCUGGUCCUCAUUGAUACAUGGCAAGAGGCCUUUGGCGGCCCUAGGGCGAGAUAUCCACAAUACUACGCAGGCUACCAGGAGUUGUUGCGUGCUGGGGCUGUGUUCCCUCAGAGAUCAGAGAGAUCAGCACCUGUGUUCACACCUCCACAAACACAGCCUUUGACGUCUUACCCUCCAAAUCUUCGUAAUACUGGACCUGGUAAUGAUAUGCCUGAAGCUUCGGUAGAGCCAGACUUUCCGACACUGAGUUUGUCGGAGAUUCAAAAUGCAAAAGGUCUCAUGGAUGUGCUUGCGGAAAUGCUGAGUGCAUUAGAGCCGGGGAACAAGGAGGACCUUAAACAGGAGGUGAUGGUCGAUCUAGUGGAGCAGUGUCGUACAUACAAACAAAGAGUGGUACAUUUAGUCAACUCAACUUCGGACGAGUCUUUGUUAAGUCAAGGUCUGGCGUUGAAUGAUGACUUGCAGCGGGUCUUAACAAGUUACGAAGCACUCGCUUCUGGAAUUCCUGGAACUUCUGUUCAAGUCGAGAAGCCCAAGUCUGAGACUGGAAAGUCUCUUGUAGAUGUUGAUGCCCCACUUAUUGAUACUGGGGACAGCAGUAAUCAAACCAACGGAGCUACACCAAGCACUAGUAACGGGAUUCUAAAUCAGUUGGCCCUGCCUGCACCACCUGUAACUAAUGGUUUAGCGAAUUCGAAAAUAGACCUCCUCAGUGGCGAUGAUCUUGCUCUUGUUCCUGUUGGACCUCCUCAGCCAGCGAGCCCGGUCGCAUCAAAUCAAAAUGCACUUGCCCUUAUUGAUAUGUUCGGAGAGAAUACCAAUAGUCCGAGCCCUGCAACUGCACCAACUGGCAAUUCAGCUCUCCCGAGUAGCCCUAUGAAUCCUCAACCAACUAGUCAAGCUGGAGAAGCUGGAUUACAACAAUCCAAUGGAUUUUCUCCUCAAGUGGGUUAUUCACAGUUUGAGCAGCCAUCGUACGGGCAAGGGGUCUCUUCUCCCUGGAAUAGUCAGCCUGCACAGCAGUUGCAACAACCACAACAGCCAUCUUAUGAAGGUGCCCAAGACAAUAUGGCAUUUCCACCUCCCCCAUGGGAAGCUCAGCAUCAAGACUUCAGUCCCACUGCAGAGUCAGGAAGUCCAUUUGCUCCUCAAAUGCAUCCAACACAAAUUGGCUUCUCACAUGCUCAACAAUAUCCUCAAAUGCCCCAAAACAACAACAGUCCAUAUCCUCAAAUGCCUCAACCCGGUAUGUACAUGCAACAGCCAAUGCCAAACCAAGCCAAUCAGCCUCUAGGACAAGGCUAUCCACCCCAACAACAACAGCAGCAGCAGAUGAUGAUGGCUCAGUUCUAUGCCCAACAGCAACAACUACAACAACAGCAACAGGCGUAUGGAAACCAGAUGGGAGGUUAUGGAUACGGUUAUAACCAACAUCAACAAGGAAGCAGCCCAUAUCUGGACCAGCAAAUGCAUGGCAUGUCCAUCAGAGAUCAGGCGUCACAUCAGGUACCAGCAUCAUCGUCUUAUCUGCCUCCAAUGAAACCUAAGAACAAACCAGAGGAUAAGCUAUUUGGGGAUCUAGUUGACAUCUCCAAAUUCAAGCCUGGUACAAAACCGACCUCCGGAAGAGCUGGUACCAUGUGAAAAAUCUCUACUCAUGAUUUAUGAGUAUUCGUCUCUCUGUUUCUUUACUCAGCUAACUCUCUUUCCUUCGUUUUUCAAGAUUUGAUCAAUUGAUUAGACCCACUUGUGAGAUGCAUACAUACAUAUAUGUUAUCGUGUUCCUUGCUUAUAAAUUUGCUGGUGAUUAUGACUGGGAAUGAAUUUGUAUAUUUGUUGUAGAGAACUGUUUGUCCGGAGAUUCUAUUUUCUAGGACAUUGUUAAUCCAUUUGUUUUUUCUCAGACAUUAUUUGUUUGAUUGUUUCCAACUUUCCAUUGGCAAUAAAGCUCAACAUGAAUUUGAGAGUUUCA